ACCCCGCCCUUUUCUUCUCCUCUCCAUUUCUCUCCUUCUCUCUCUCUCUUCAUAUAUAUAUUUGGAGCUUUUAGAUCUGAUUUGAAGUUGUUGGUUUUCGUUUCUGGGUCAUUGAAUUAGUUGCAACAAUAAGUAUUUCGAAAGAGAAGAUCUGAGAUAUGGGUAGCGCUGGGGAUUCAUGGAAAUUGAAGGAUCACCCUAAGCUUCCCAAGGGGAAGACGCUGGCACUGGUGGUUCUGGAUGGAUGGGGCGAGGCAGGUGCCAAUGAGUACAACGCCAUCCAUGUCGCCGAGACUCCCGCCAUGGAUUCUCUCAAAAAGGGUGCUCCGGAUAGGUGGAGGUUGGUGAAGGCACAUGGUACUGCGGUGGGGCUUCCCACAGAUGAUGAUAUGGGCAACAGCGAGGUCGGACACAAUGCACUUGGUGCUGGGAGGAUCUUUGCCCAAGGUGCAAAGCUUGUUGACCUAGCCCUUGCCUCUGGCAAAAUCUAUGAUGGAGAUGGUUUCAAUUACAUUAAGGAAAGUUUUGCAACUGCAACUUUGCACAUGAUUGGGCUAUUGAGUGAUGGAGGUGUCCACUCCAGACUUGACCAAUUGCAGUUGUUGCUGAAAGGUGCAGCUGAGCGUGGUGCCAAAAAAAUUCGUGUCCAUGCCCUCACAGAUGGACGUGAUGUCUUGGAUGGUUCAAGUGUAGGCUUUAUGGAAACCAUUGAAAAUGAUCUUGCAAGCCUACGUGCAAAAGGUGUUGAUGCCCAGGUUGCUUCUGGAGGAGGCCGCAUGUAUGUCACAAUGGAUCGAUAUGAGAAUGAUUGGGAUGUUGUCAAGCGAGGUUGGGAUGCCCAAGUGCUAGGUGAAGCUCCAAACAAGUUUAGGAAUCCCGUUGAAGCAGUCAAGAAGCUGAGGGAGGCUCCUAAUGCUAAUGAUCAGUACUUGCCUCCAUUUGUUAUUGUUGAUGAGAAUGGAAAGUCUGUUGGGCCUAUUGUAGAUGGUGAUGCUGUAGUUACUUUAAACUUCCGAGCAGACCGUAUGGUUAUGCUUGCUAAGGCUCUCGAGUAUGAGAACUUUGAUAAAUUUGAUCGCGUCCGAUUCCCCAAAAUCCGUUAUGCUGGUAUGCUGCAAUAUGAUGGGGAGUUGAAGCUCCCAAGUCGCUACCUUGUUUCUCCUCCUGAAAUUGACAGAACUUCAGGAGAAUAUCUAGUUCGCAACGGUAUCCGAACUUUUGCCUGCAGUGAGACGGUUAAAUUUGGUCAUGUCACCUUUUUCUGGAAUGGAAAUCGCUCUGGGUAUUUUAAUGCUGAUUUGGAAGAGUAUGUUGAAAUUCCAAGUGACGUUGGUAUUACAUUCAAUGUCAAGCCAAAGAUGAAGGCUCUAGAGAUUGCCGAGAAAGCUAGGGAUGCUAUUCUUAGCCGCAAGUUUGAUCAGGUACGUGUUAACCUACCAAAUAGUGACAUGGUGGGACAUACCGGUGACAUCAAGGCGACGAUUGAAAGUUGCAAGGCUGCUGAUCAAGCUGUCAAGAUGAUCCUAGAUGCUAUUGAGCAAGUAGGCGGAAUUUAUGCAGUUACUGCAGAUCAUGGAAAUGCGGAAGACAUGGUUAAGAGAAACAAGAAGGGGGAGCCUCUUCUUGAUAAGAGCGGAAACGUUCAGAUCCUUACUUCUCACACUUGUGAACCUGUACCUUUUGCAAUUGGUGGUUCGGGAUUGGCACCCGGUGUAAGAUUCCGCAAAGAUGUCCCAACCGGUGGGCUUGCCAACGUUGCUGCAACCGUUAUGAAUCUGCACGGCUUUGAAGCGCCAAACGACUAUGAAACCACAUUGAUUGAGGUUGCAGACAACUAAAAAUGGUAGAGAUAUUUAAUCCUAAAAUUUUGGUAUUUAGUCACAUGAUGAGAGAAUUCUACACUUACCAUGUUAAAUAAGAAAUUUUGAGCAGACUUUUAUCACAGUUGGUUUUCCACAUUUGGCUGUGUUGUAGGAUGUAGUUGAUGAAUGGAAUGAUCCAUUAAUGCUUUGUCAUAACCUGUACUACUGUUAUACCCUUCUUUGAGAAUAAGAACAAUUCCAAAAGUUUUGAAGCUUUCUUUUCA